AUGGCCUCUUCGCUGGCAGCGGGCACCCUUUCCAAGGACCCGCGCGGCAGCGAGUCUCUGCUGCUGCUGCUCAGGAGCGGCUCGGCGGGGGGCGCUCCUUUUCCCAGGCCGAUGCCGCCCCCGCGGUACUUCCUAGAGGCCUUUCCCGCGGCAGGAGCCUUCCCGGCCCCGACGGCGGCGGCGGCAGGCAGGCUCAGCCCCGGGUCCGCUCCGCUGGCGCCUUUCCCUUUCCCACGACUGCCCGUUGCCUUUGGUGAGGCGCCGCCGCCCCUGCCCCGCCCCACGCCGCUCCUCGCCGCGCCCUUCGCAGCGAAGCGGGACUCGCCGCGGCGGCAGCUGCCCGAGCGGGCCUCGCCCAGGAAAGGGAGCCCCGACGGAACUGCCGACGCCGAGCAGCGCCCGCCCGCCUAUCGCUUCACAGCCCAAGAGCUCCACGCCGUCCUGUACGGGGCGGUCCCCGGUGGGAGGCAGCAGCGCGUCCUUGCGGGAGCUGGGCGCUCCCCGCGCAGCCCCGGAGCUGUUGAUGCUCAGCCCCCGCUGUUGGACAGACCAUCUCUACAACUCCCUGAAGGGCUGACAGUGUUGCAGACCAUACAUGUGGAUGGUCCACAGCUGGGAGUCUUCAGCACCGAGACCAUCCCAAAGGGGGUCCGUUUUGGCCCUUUUCAGGGCAAAGUUGUCAACACCAGUGAAAUCAAGACUUACGAUGACAAUUCCCUGAUGUGGGAGAUUUUUGAGGAUGGCCACUUGAGUCAUUUCAUCGAUGGCAAGGGCUCCUCUGGCAACUGGAUGUCCUUGGUGAACUGCGCUCGCUUUCCUGAGGAGCAGAACUUGACAGCCCUUCAGUGUCAGGGCCAGAUCUACUAUGAGAGCUGCAAAGAAAUUGUGCCUGGUCAAGAGAUGCUGGUCUGGUAUGGCGAUUGCUACUUGCAGUUCCUGGGUAUUCCCAUCAGCCUGAAAGGAACAGCGGAUGGGAGGCGAGUGCAACAGAGCAGCGAAGAAUCUGUGGAAGGUUACAAAUGUGAGCGCUGUGGAAAGGUGUUUGCCUACAAAUAUUACCGGGACAAGCACCUGAAAUACACACGGUGUGUGGACCAAGGUGAUCGGAAAUUCCCCUGCCAUCUCUGCAACCGCUCUUUUGAAAAACGAGACCGACUGAGGAUCCACGUUCUUCACGUUCACGAGAAACACAGGCCUCACAAGUGCUCUGUAUGUGGGAAAAGUUUCUCUCAGUCAUCCAGUCUGAAUAAGCAUAUGCGGGUGCACUCUGGGGAAAGGCCUUACAAGUGUGUCUACUGCAACAAGGCAUUCACCGCUUCCAGCAUCCUGCGCACACACAUUCGCCAGCAUUCAGGAGAGAAACCCUUUAAAUGUAAACACUGUGGUAAAGCGUUUGCCUCACAUGCUGCCCAUGACAGUCACGUACGGCGCACACACAGUACUAAAGAGAAAGGUCGCACCUGUACACUGUGUGGUAAAAUAUUCCAAGAGGCAGAAGAGUUCCGCUUUCAUAUGAAGUUCCAUGCAGCUCUCUAG